CAGCCGGAGAGCGAACAACCAAAUGAGUGUGUGUGAGAGAGUUGCUGCAUCUCUGCAUGUGUGUGAGAGAGUGAGGUAGUUGCAGUGUGUGUGAGUCGUGCUCUCACAGAGGAGCUAAACCAGCCAGCACAGUUUUAGAGGCUCUGAAAGAGCACUCUCUCCUCCUCCUUUUCUCUCCCUCUUUUUCUGGACGACACUGAUUCAAAAGACUACCAUUUGGACUAUCUAAACCCCUGGCACUUUCUGUACUGACCUGGCUUCACCUGUGUGUGUAAGACGAAAGGCAGAGGACUUAGCCCUUGGUUUGAGGGGCGAGUUGGAUGACUUCUGCAGAUGAGGGCUUGGCCGGUGGAGUGUUGGGCCAGGGGGACCACCAUGGCUCCCCUCAAAUAAUGGAUGGGCGUGGUGACAAAGCCCUUGCACAUCCGGUCAUCAUGUGCACGCGGGUGUCCCUUAACCCAGAGCCUGGGUGCCAUCUAUUCCCAGAGGGAGAGGAGGAAGGAGAGGUGGAGGGCAGAGAGAGGGCAGAGUUAGACAUGGACAGUGCUGUGGAGAGCAACCCAGGAUCAGAUGUCUCUGAAGAGGGGAGGAGCAGAGUAGACAAGGAGGAUGGACCAGGGGGACUUUUCUUUCCUGGAGACAAGUGCAGUCAGCUAAACCCAUCAGUGACCUCUGACCUGUCGACGCGUUCCUCUGCCUCUCUGAACGAGGAGCAGUUUGAGGACUACGGAGAGGGAGAGGACGUGGACUACACUCCCAGCAGCCCCUGCCCCGAGGACGAGACGCGCACCAACGGCUACUCUGACCUGGGCUCCUCUGUACCCUCCAGUGCUGGCCAGACCCCCAGAAAGGCACGCCACCUGUACAACAAUGAGAUGAUGGACGUGUACUGUUCCCAGUGCUGUAAGAAGGUCAACCUACUCAACGACCUGGAGGCCAGGCUGAAGAACCUCAAAGCCAACAGCCCCAGUAGGAAAAUCUCCAGCACAGCCUUUGGCAGGCAGCUCCUCCACACCAGUAACUUCAGCAGCAGCAACGGCAGCACGGAGGACCUGUUCCGAGACAGCAUCGACUCCUGUGACAUCGACAUCACUGAGAAGGUGAGUUACCUAGAGAAGAAGGUAGCAGAGUUGGAGAAUGACACGCUGAUGAACGGAGAUCUCAAGUCCAAGCUGAAGCAGGAGAACACACAGCUGGUUCACAGGGUCCACGAGUUGGAGGAGCAGUUGAAGGACCAGGAGGCGCGGGCGGAGCAGAACACAGAGGAGGAGCAGAGACGACACCGUGAGGCCUAUAGCAAGAUGGAGAGAGACAAGAACACUGAGCUAGAGCUGCUACACAACCGAGUCCAACAGCUAGAGGAGGAGAACGGGGAUAUAUCGGUGAACAUGUGCAGACUGAAGUCUCAGACAGAGAAACUGGACGAGGAGAAGCAGAGUAUGACAUACAAGCUGGAGGACACCAGUCUGAGGCUGAAGGAUGAGAUGGACCUCUACAGGAAGAUGAUGGACAAGCUGAGGCAGAACAGACACGAGUUCCAGAAGGAGAGGGAGGCCAUGCAGGAGUUGAUUGAGGACCUUCGUCGGGAGCUGGAGCACCUGCAGCUGUUCAAGCUGGAGACAGAGAAGCCUGGCCGCGGCCGCAGCUCCUCCUCUGGGCUGACGGAGUUCAACGCCAAGACCAGAGAGAUGGAGCUGGAGCACGAGGUCAAGAGACUCAAACAGGAGAACCUGAAACUGAGGGAACAGAACGACGACCUGAAUGGUCAGAUCCUCAGUCUGAGUCUGUAUGAGGCUAAGAACCUGUUUGCCACCCAGACCAAGGCCCAGUCGCUGGCUGCCGAGAUAGACAACGCCUCACGAGACGACUUGAUGGAGGCCCUCAAGGAGCAGGAGGAGAUCAACUUCCGUUUGCGGCAGUACAUGGACAAGAUUAUUUUGUCUAUCCUGGACCACAACCCCUCCAUCUUGGAGAUCAAGACCAACUAGAACCCCCCAACUAGAAACCCACGACUAGAACCCCCUCCGGGAAUGGGAAAGGGAAAGGGAAAGGAAGCCUAGCCAAGGUGGGGCCUGGGACAGCUGGACAUCAUUGCCCCCUGCUGCCCCAGGAGUGGAACUGUGAACUUGGGUGUAUUCAUUGGGCACAAAACAGAAGAAAACAGACAAAUUGGGAGGUACUACCUGGACUUGUCCAAUUAGAAACACUAGUUUUUGUGUUCCGUUGCUAAACGUUUUGCUACGGUGUGGCCUAAUGAAUAUGCGACUGGAGCUAUAGGGGAUUUUCUGUGUUGACUACUAAAGUUUUGGUACUUCACCAUCAUACUUCUGUUCUAUUCUGUGACUCAUCAACAUAUGUUGGUAUCUCCCUCAUGUCUCCUUCAUGCACUUUCUUCUAUGUUCUCUAUUUUUUUCUCACAGCCUCAUCUUUAGUCUUAAACACAAUCGAGAUGAAUUAUUACUGGGAAAAAUAAUUAUACUGGGCAGGUGCUUUGAAUAUGUAGGGCAUUACUGGUUGUUGAACACUGGAUAUACGUACUUUAGUGGUGUGUGUAGAAACAAUGUGAACACAAACCUAUUGAUCUUCAACAGCGUGUGUUGUAGCCAUAGGGGAAGAUAGGUACAGAGAGAGACUGGCAGAUAGCCACACAGAGAUCUUUAGCUUCCAGACAACCCUAUCGCCACUGUUUCCUUAAAGUUGAUCUGUGUUUGAUCGGUGAAGACCGGUAUGUGGGCAGAGGCAUGUUGAUGAAGAAAGUAAAGCAGCACGUGUUUCUGUGCGUAAGAAGAGUGACAGAAAGAGAUGAAAGGAGGGAGAGGCGAGAGAAAGUAUUGUACAAGCAUCUCCAUGUCAAAAGAUAUUGGCUUUGACUCAAGAAGAUAUCAGUCAUGUGAAGUGAUAAUGAGAGGCAGCAGAACUUGGUGUGAUGGAAUGGCUUAGUGAAGUCAAAGAAGGAACAGGUGAAGUGUAUCGGUCGGUACAGUACAGGAUAAGAGAAGAAUGCCUUCCUAGGGAACUCUGAGAUGACGGAACAGUAUGAUCUGUGUAGAGUAAUACUGUAUGAUAAAUCCAUAUAAUAAAUUCUUAACUCACGCAGUGAGUUGUUAAUUGGCUGGUUGAGAAUUUCCGGAUGCCAAUUCCUCUUAAUCAUCAUUAUUUUCUACUCAGACAUUCUGUGGUAAGUCUGUCUAAAUAAGUUGGUUAGACCUGGGAUAUCUGCUAUGAAGGAUGUCCCAUUGCAUAGAGCUGCUAUAGCUACCCACAAAAAAAAAAUACUAUAGUAUACUAUGGUAUAUAUACUAUAGUAUUCACUGUAGUGUUUUGUUGACGUUUUAUCUGACUUACGGAGUCCGCAAAAACACUGCAGUGAAUACUGUAGUAUUUAUUGUAGUAUUUACUGUAGUAUUCUGUAUUAUACUGUAG